AUGAUAUUUAAGUACAAAGUAUGUGUUGCACUUGUUGUUGUGCUCUCAAUUUGUGUCAACAUUGAAGGUCGUAGUGUCUCUAAAUUCUUAACAGAAGAAACUGUAGGGACCAAAUGGGCUGUCCUAGUUGCUAGCUCUAAUGGAUGGUGGAACUACAGGCAUCAGGCUGAUGUAUGUCACGCUUAUCAGUUACUCAAGAAAGGUGGUCUUAAAGACGAAAACAUUAUUGUAUUCAUGUACGAUGAUAUUGCUAAAAACCCUAUGAAUCCUAGACCUGGAGUUAUCAUCAAUAGUCCACAUGGCCAAGAUGUUUACAAAGGUGUUCCUAAGGAUUAUGUAGGUGAAGAUGUUAAUGUAGAAAACUUUUUCAAUGUUAUCCUUGCCAACAAAAGUGGUAUAACUGGAGGAAGUGGUAAAGUUUUGAACAGUGCUCCAAAUGACCAUAUUUUCAUCUACUAUGUUGAUCAUGGUGGCCCUGGAAUUGUUUCAAUGCCAACUGGAGUUGUUUACGCAAAUGAUUUGAUUAACGUGUUGAAAAAGAAGCAUGGUUCUGGACAUAUAGUAUUUUACUUAGAAGCUUGUGAGUCUGGAAGCAUGUUUGACGGUCUUCUUCAUGAAGGUUUAGAUAUUUAUGUAACGACUGCAUCAAAUCCCAAUGAAAGUAGUUGGGGAACAUAUUGUGGUGUGGGUGAUGCACGCGAUCCAUGCCUUGUAGCUUGUCCCCCUCCUGAGUUUAAAGGUGUGUGCUUAGGAGACUUGUACAGUGUUGCUUGGAUGGAGGACAGUGAUGUUCAUGAUCGACAAACUGAAACUCUGGAUGAUCAGUACGAUAAGAUUGCAGACAGAACAGCAGCCAAUCUAACAUAUGGCUCUCAUGUCAUGCAAUAUGGUGAUAUGUUGUUAAGUGUUGAUGCUCUUUUCCAAUAUAUGGGCGUUGCUUCAAUAAACCACUCUCAUGUCUCCAUGAAUUCUUAUAAAUCAUCGUCACAGAAUGUGGAACAACGAGAAACAGAGCUUUUCUACUGGCAAUCCAAAUACGAUGAUGCUCCUGAAGGUUCUGAUGACUAUUUUGAAGCUCGCGCCAAACUUAUUAAAGUUGUAGCACAUAGAAGUCAAGUGGACAAUAGCGUAAAACAUAUUGGAGAUCUUCUGUUUGGAGUUAAAUAUGGUAACGAGGCACUACAAACUGUUCGAUCUGAUGGACAACCACUAGUUGAUAACUGGAAUUGUCUUAAAUCGUAUGUCGAGAUAUUUGAGACGCAUUGUGGAAAACUAAGCUCAUACGGAAAGAAACAUAUCCGUGGUAUCACGAAUAUUUGUAAUGCUUGAAUUGAGAGUGAGCAAAUGACUGCUGCAACUGUACAAGCAUGUGGUCCUUUGUAGAGCUGAGAGCAAUUUAUGUUUAGCUUGUUUAAUUUGUGUCAUCAGUCAUGGCUGGCUGCAAAGUUUCACUUUAUUUAGCUAGCAAAUUAAUAAUGUUACU